CACACACAGAGGAGGAAUCGUUCGCGAUGGAGAUGAUGAUGGGGGCAAGCGAGCAGCGGCGACGGAAUCAGAGCAAGCGGAAGAAGAAGAAGAAGCUGGUGGUGGGCGAACAUGGCCUGACGACCACGCCAGCCAGCACAGGCAGCGCAAGCGCCAGUGCAAGCGCCAGCACAGCUGCCACGCCAGCGGUGGGGCAAGAGGCAAAGGGCAGCAGUGGCAGCAGCAAGGCGAGUUCCAGCAAGAAGCAGCGUGGCAAGCCCAAGCAGCUGCUCAGUUUCAACGAAGAGGAGGAGGCGGACACGCACUUUGUCAUCAAGAAGGACCGCAGGCGCCGCAAGACGGCAGACGUGCCACUGGACCAACCCAUCUCCGCCGCGAAGCCCGCAUUCUCCUCCACAUACACCCCAGAUGACCUCAAGAAGCUGCGUGCCAAUCAAUCGUUCACACCCGGGUCAUUCCGGGAGCAGGGCAGCCUUGACGAGUCCGUGGGUGUGCCCGGUGACGAUGACAGCGAGGAGCGAGGUGCAGAUGGCAGCUUCAUCCAGAGCGCUCCCCUGAGCGGCACAGGCCUCGACGCAAGCAUGCCGCCUGAAGACGUGGCCAAGUUUGCGCGGCAGCGGCGGCAGAUGCUGCGGGACCAGCAGGAGUACAUCCCCCUUGACGACGAUCACCACGAUGCCAGCGCGGUGGAGCGGCGUGUGCGUCCUGCCCAGCAACGGCUCGUUCGCGAUGACGAUGAUGAUGAUGAUGACGAUGGCGGUGACGCUGUGGCUGGCGGUCGUCGGUCGCACGCGCUCUCGUUCGAUGCAGCGGCGCGACGCAUCUCAAAGCAGGACAAGCUCAAACAGAUGCAUCGCGCGUUCUUUGAGGCGGAGACGAGCGAAGCAGAUGAGGAGGUACAGCGGUGGGAGCAGGACGCCCUCAAGCGCGCAGCCACCGUCAACGUCGUCAGCGGCGUUGAUCGGCGCGGGCAGGCGCGCACAGCGGCGACGUCGCGCCUGCACCAGCACGGGUACUAUGUUGGCAUGGACCCUGGCGCUGCUAUCCCAACGGACACGGCACGACCUGACGUGUCAGUUGAAGCCCUGCACAAGAAGCUGAAGGAGACGCUGGUGCGCUCGCGAGAGAUGGCGACUGCUCACCGGCAGCACGCCUCACGCAUUGACGCAGACCUGACCGACCUCAAGAAGAGGCUGCCGAAUGAGGAAGCGUCACUGCAGGCGGCGUGCGAACGGUACAACUUCCUCAAGGAGACAAAGAUCUACGUCAAGAAUCUUGUGGAAUGCCUCGAUGUGAAGGCGCGAGAGAUUGAGCAAUUGGAGAGCGAAGUGCACGCACAUUUUAAAUCUGUUUCAGAUCGUUUGAAGCACAGGAGACAGCAGGACCUGACAGACCGCCGUGACGCAAUCCUCCACAACGUUCUUCGCCUCCCAGACGAGCAGCAGCAGCGGAUUUCACGGCGGCGCGCGCGGAUUGCAGCUGCUGUUCGCGCAGGGAAGGUGGACUCGAAGGAGGAGGCGGACACGCAGGCGUGGUCAGAUGUCGAUGAUGACGACGAUGAUGGUGGCGGUUCUGAUGGUAGUGACGGUGGUGUUGCGAAGCAGGAGGAGGAGCACAGGACUGCACUGUUCCAAAAGGCGUCAGCGCUCUUGCAAGACGUCAAUGAGGACUUUGCCGACAUUCCGAAGAUUGCAGAUCGAUUUGAGACGUGGAAACUGCGGCAGCCGGACUCGUAUGCGGACGCGUUUGUGUCCAUGACAUUGAAGAACAUUCUCCAGCCACUCAUCUCACUGCAGUUGAUACCGUGGAAUCCGCUUGACAGGAGAAGCGCAGACUUUGAGUCGCUGCCGUGGUUCAAUGACCUCAUGCUCUAUGGAUGCGACAAGGAGACACACGCACAGGACGAGAACGACCCGGAUGCGUAUCUUGUUCCGGAGCUCAUUGAUCUGAUUCUUGUCCCCAAAACUGCAGGGUUCUUGGAGUUUGUGUACGACCCGCUUUCGUCAACGCAGACGGACGCGGCUGUCGCAAAUGUGCGGCGCAUGCAGACUGAUUUCCACAUCGAUUUCUCAUCGGAGAACGGCCAGAAACUUGUCACCGGGCUGACGGCGGCGCUGCGUCGGGCGGCGUCUGGCCUUCCACCGGUGUUUGUGCCGCCACCAAACACUCUUGCAAGCAAUGACACCAAGCCCUUCCAACAGGCAACCAUCGCUCACACCACAAAGUUUAUCCGCAAUGCGCUGGCGUGGCGCUCUGUUGUUCCUGAGGAAGUAUUGCACGACAUCAUUCUCGUGUCAAUCAUCUCGAAAUCUGUUCUCCACACCAUGAACACAUGUGGCGAUGCAGACCUCAGCGUUUAUCUCCUUUUGCAGAUUGUGCAGUGCCUGCCGAGUGACUGGUUCUCUGCAGAAAACAAUCCCCACCGCGACGCCAUCAGACAAAAGCUGGAGCCGUUCACUGCGUUUUUGACGCAGUAUGCACGCAAGUUGCCGCAGCAGCAGCAAGUCGGAACAGUGAUUGGGGCGCUGAGCUCGUUUGGCGAGAGCAAGAAGGCCGCGAAACUGCACGGGUACCUGGCAAGCAUGGGAUGACUCCCAGUGCACCCAUUUGUGGGUGUCAGCACUUGAGCUUCGUCGGAAACCCAUCACACUCCAUCAAGAUGUAACGCACCAAGUUUAUUAGAGGCUGUUAUCGUCAAUCACACACACACACACACUCGCUCCCCCUUGGGCGGAUGCACCAACAACACCAGCCAUCUCAACCACACAGCAAUUAUACACCAAGCGCAGCAUG